AUGGGUAUCAUGGCUCUUGGUCCGCAAGAUUUCCUCGACUAUGUCAACUAUGACAAGCAGAGUUUGUACAUCUCAGCUGCAUCCAUUGCCUUUAACCCGCUCUUCUGGAAUAUCGUCGCUCGUCAAGAAUACCACAAUAAGCUUCUGACAAAGCUCUUUGGUGGAAACUCCCAAGUUGCCUGCUAUGCCCUCGCCUUCACCAUCUUUUCUCUGGGUAUGGUUCGCGACUUAGUUUUCAAGAAUGCUAUCUCUGAGCAACCUACACACCCCGCCCUUGUCAACGACUACAUGCGGGCUGCUGCUGCCACUCUCUUUGCUGUCGGCAAUGUCUUGGUCGUCUCCUCAACUUGGCGACUUGGCAUUACUGGUACAUUCCUCGGUGACUACUUUGGCUUUCUUAUGGAUGAGAUGGUGACUGGCUUUCCCUUCAACGUGACUGGUUCUCCCAUGUACACUGGCUCUACCUGCAGUUUCCUUGCUACCUCUCUGUGGUACGGUAAGCCUGCUGGUGUCCUGCUCACCAUCUGGGUCGAUAUUGUCUACAAACUCGCCCUGAGAUACGAGGACCCCUUCACUUCUGAGAUCUACGCUAAGCGUGAGCGUGAGCGUGCUGCGGGUAAGAAGUCGAACUAA